AUGGAAAAACAUAUCUCCAAACAAAAUGGCUUGAAAACAUCAAAUAAAAAAGUACGCAACAUAGUCCACAUCUUGUUCGCACUAGUGCUUACCAGUUUGAUUUUGGCUUCAUUGUCUCCUGUUCAAAGCUCCUGGGACCGACUUUGGUCGAGGAAGCCAUCCAAGAAGAACGUCAUCUUCUUCGUCACAGACGGAAUGGGCCCUGCGUCUCUCUCGCUCACAAGAUCUUUCAGACAGUUUACUCAGAAUCUUACGAGAGAUGACAUUUUGGUGUUGGAUCAUCAUCUAGUCGGAUCUUCGAGAACAAUGUCAUCUAGUUCCUUGAUCACGGAUUCUGCGGCGGGUGCUACAGCUUUCUCGUGCGCUUUGAAAAGUUACAAUGGUGCCAUUGGAGUCGAUCCUGAGAAGCAACCUUGUGGCACAGUGUUGGAAGCUGCCAAGCUUCAAGGGUAUCUAACUGGGCUGGUAGUAACUACCAGAAUCACCGACGCUACCCCGGCAGCCUUCAGCUCUCACGUCGAUUAUCGCUUUCAGGAAGACUUAAUUGCUCAGCAGCAAUUAGGCGACUAUCCCCUUGGCCGAAUGGUGGAUUUAAUUAUUGGUGGCGGUAGAACGCACUUCUAUUCAGAUCAAGAUGCUGUUUAUGGCUCGCGUGGUAGUCGUGCUGACGGCCGUAAUCUCAUAAAAGAAGCUGUGGCUGAUGGCUGGAGCUAUGUGGGUAACCGUAAAGAAUUUGAUUCUUUGGAUCAAGGACACAAUGUUAGUUUGCCUUUGCUCGCACUACUAGCGGAUUACGAUAUCCCGUUCGAUUUGGACCGCGAAGACUCGGAAUAUCCCUCAUUAGAGGAAGAAGCUAUGACAGCAAUCAAUGCGUUGUCAGAAGCUACUAAAGAUUCAGACAAGGGAUUUUUUCUCUUGGUGGAAGGUUCGAGAAUUGAUCAUGCGGGCCAUCAAAACGACCCAGCUGCGCAAGUACGUGAAGUGUUAGCUUUUGAUAAGGCGUUCGAGGCAGUAUUGAAAUACGCUGAAGACAGUGAUGUUGAGACUAUUUUGAUAUCAACGUCCGACCACGAAACUGGUGGUCUUGUUACUGCUAAGCAAGUCUCUAAAGCGUAUCCCGAGUAUGUUUGGUACCCUCAAGUCUUGAGUGACGCGCACCAUUCUGGUGAGUUUUUGAGCAAAGAGCUCUUGGAGUUCAAGGGUGACAACAAGUCAGAGUUUAUUGAAAAGGCUAUUUUCGAACAGUAUUUGGGUAUCAGCGACUACACUGAGAAAGACACGAAUGAGCUUCUCAAGCUCACAUCAACUGGCGAGAUUAACGAUAAACUGAAUGGGAUGAUAUCUACGAGAGCUCGGGUUGGUUGGACAACCCAUGGCCAUAGUGCUGUGGAUGUCAACAUAUAUGCUUAUGCGAAUCGCCAAAAAACUUGGUACAAUAUUAUAGAUCAUUUGCAAGGAAACCACGAAAACACUGAAAUUGGUCAAUUCAUGGCUGACUACCUAGAAUUAGAUCUAGAGAAAGUGACUCAAAUGAUCAAGAAAACGAAACACUCACCAAACGUGGGAGUACGCGUUUCUGCAACUCUUGAUAUGGAUGAGUAUCACAGAGGAAUUUACAAUUAG